AUUAAACUUUAGUUCCCAGAGUGUCUUGUCAGUGAAUUCUUGAAGUUAUUAAAUUAAUGAGGUAGAGGCGUUUAUUUCUUUCUUAAUCAUCAUCUAGAAAAUCCGCGAAAUGGCUAAACUACUGCUGUUAGUAGUAGUGCUUACCAUCGGAAGUAACUUCCAAGUUGAUGCACAAUUCGGGGGUAUGUUCGGCAUCGGUGAUAUAAUUCGCGACAUUAGCGGAGAAAUGAACCACGUCUGGGAGAGAUUCUUCAAACAACCCGACGAAAAAUACGUGAAGGACCAGGUAAGGAAGAUUGAAAAAAUCAAGAAGAACCUCAUAGCCAACGGAAAAUCUCUGGAUCACUCCGAUGAAGUUGCUAAAGUUAUCCUGAAACAAUUGGAUGUUGCCAACGACAGACAAAGAGAAUUGGACGAAAAACUUGUUAGAUUAAACGACACUUUUACUCUAGUCGAUUUAAAAAUUGACAUAGUUACGAGCCGUGUUAACGAAAUUUCAACGCAGAUUAGCGACAUUCCAGCUACAGUCGCGGAAAGAGCGAGUUUUUUGUUAACCGGCUUCCUCAACCGGAUAAGAGUACAGACAAAUCUUAUCGACGCGAAAGAAACUUUCAAGAGAUAUGUUCGAACGAUUGAUAUAAACUACAAUAACUUUUUGUUGUACACUAAACCCGGCGCUCAUGUAAGAAAAGCCUCUAUGCUCGAAUUCUGCGAUAAUCUUUUGUCACCCUAUGCUGAUGAAUUGUCCAAAACUCUCGUACAAAUCCACAAAUUACUCGCUCCAGGAGAAACGGAGUCAAUUUACGAUGGACUGCUGGAAUUCCUUCGAGACUUUCAGAGUAAACAAACAUUCCAAGAACGAUGUGACUUGGAAACUUCGUUUCAAGAGCAAUUCAGAGAAUUGUACAACAUUAUUCUUGUCAGUGAAAUUAGAGCUUUUACGAUGCAAGCGUAUGCAAUGAACUACCGCCGUUUGGUAGGAGAGGAAACUGAAGACGCGGUGAAGGGUGAAGUGGGUAUGAUGGUCGAGUCCUUGUUGAAGAGGGUGUCCAGCUACUUGGCGGCUAUGAAAGGAACCAUGGAUGGGGUGUCCAGAGAACUUUUCCGUUGUGAACCAGCAAAGCAUUUGUUAGGUGAAACAUCCUUCCGACUGAAUGACCUCUUCGGUAUGUAUUACAUCAACAAAAAACAGCUGAACACUCAAGUCCCCAAGGAUCCAGCAGAAAUCAACACCCAGAGCUACUUUGAAUGCUUGGAUAGAUACAGCACUAACGAUGCAUUCAUAAACUUCUACUGUCCUCGGUACCAAUGCUACGGAAGAUUGCAUAAAUGCAAAGAAGCUGGAAGUUUCACCUUCUGCGAAGCGAGAGCUGGAACCAACAGACGUUACGGCUUUACUUUGGACGGAAACAAAUUCCCGACAAGACCUUUUCACUGCAACGGCCGAUUUGUCGACACACUAGCGAAAGAAACUGGCAAUCUACUGUGCCAAUGUUCCGAGGAAGGAGCCGAAUCUUUGGCGACCAAAGCUAUUAAUUUAAUGCCCCAGAUGUCUGAUAUGGAGAAUAAUAUGGUGGUGACCAACGUCCGUUUUCUGAAGAAGAACAACAUGGUCCACUUGCAAAUUGAAGAAGGUCUUCUUCUUCCGGACGGAAACAUAGACAAGGCAACUAUUUCAAGCGUUCCAGUGGGAAAUUUCCGGUACGUGCAAAAUUCAACCCAGGGCUCGUUUGUGCAACUGGACCCGACUGAAUGGGACGACAGACUGAUCCAGUUGACCUACGACAGAGACUACACCUUCCUGUACCACAACCGGUCGACCAUCAACCUGGAUGACAUCGUCGUCGACGCGGGAUACGUUGUAACUGGAGUUAAGUUUGAUACCGAGGAAAAUAAUCCACAAACUGGAAUUAAUUACAGUCCAAUUCAGCUUAAGGUUCACGGAACGCCUUUUGAUUAUGAUACGGGUUUAUUGGUUCCUACUGAUGAGAAACCUUCCAAGUGGUUCACGCCGUUUGAUAUGAAGGGGAAGAUCAAGAGAUACUCUUUCAUGCGGGAGAUGCUGGACAUCACUGACAGCGACGACUCCAUCAAAAACACCGGCGCUGUUCAACAAUCUCUGACGAAUUUCCAAGUAACCUUCCAAGUUACUUCCUGGGAUAAGGACAUGGGCCAAACUGUAGUUCCUUACUUUGACACCCUAAGCGCUGCAGUCUCCAAUAAGGUCGCUCUUGAUGGCGUGGGUAUCUCCCAUAGAGGCUCGCCAGGGUUUGGAGGAUUCAUUGCACCCAAGAUUUUUAAUGUUGAUCAUUCUCAGUAUAUUCGACCUGAAAUCAAAAAAGAAGAUAUUGAAAAAUAUAAAAAAGCUUGGUUUUAAUCUUUAAAUAAUUUAUUGAAAUGUAUUGGAAAUAAUGGA